AUGAAAAGACUAACUUUUGGGAUUGUAUGUUGCUUGUUGGUGAGCAGUUUGGUGAUGGUAGUUAGUGGUGGCAUUCAAACCUGUUCAAAUUUGAACGCUGUUGCUGAAGAUGUGCAAGAGAGGGACUAUAUUCAAUACAUUGUUGAUCAACAACCUAUUAAUCAAUAUUUCACUACUUUUGUGAGUAGAGCACAAAAGGUUGCUAAUUAUGAUACCAUGACUUUUAGUAAUGCAACAAGUAGUGUAUUUUUGACAUUACUCCAAUCCGAUAGUGUUACGAAGAAAAUCGCAAACCAAACUCUUUUCCCAUUCCCUGAAGUUACUUAUAUUGGAAUUUCUAAUCCAAUUAGUACUUUUUACAGUUUGUCUGUUCCAACAGACUAUAAAUAUAAGAGUGAUAUUGAAACAAUGGCAUUUAGACCAUCAGUUCAAACUGUGAAAAUCGAUACAAACAAGGUUCUUUCUAAUAGUGAAAAUAUUUUUGUUGGUGAUGAAAUUAAGUAUCAAAAGAUCAAUCAUACAGCAUUUAUUUCAGUUGUUCCUUUCAUUUCUGGUAAUGCAUUUGGAUUUGGAAUUUUAGAUGCUAACUCAACCUCCAUCCCUACCAUUAAUUAUAAUGACACUCUUGGGGCUUUUACUUAUGUUUUCCCAUCAGAAUUCAUCAAAAAUGAACCUAUUUAUGAUGUUAAUGGUACUGUCAUUGGAGUUCAAACACCAUCUGUCGAUAUUGACUCUAUUCCUUCUCUUGAAGACUCUACAAGCUUGCAAAAGGUUAUCAAUGUUAGAAUUUCCAAUCUUGUUGUUGAAAAUCCUGAUGAAGUUGGUUCCAAGCUUACUUUUGACUGUACUUUAAGUUUAUUGAAUCAGGGAAGUGUGAAAUUAAUUGGAUUCAGUGUUUCUACCACCACCCCUGUAUCAGGUAUUUCACCAAAGGCUACCUUAACCCAAAAGUUUGCUAAAGUUAUUGUUCCAAGAGUUGAAUCAACAAACUCAUUACCAUUGGGUGCUAAAAUGAUUAUUGAUGGAUCUGUUGCCUACUUUUUAGUGUCUUUGAGCCGUGAACAACAAAAGGGAUUUGAAGCUUUCCAUCAAACAACCCUCGAUUUUGAACAAUCCCAAGCUAUCACACCAUUCUUGAUCAUUGUCCAAAUUAGUACUGGACAAGUUGUUAAAUCAAUUAAUCUCGGUAAGAAUUUGAUCAAGACCUCAGUCAACUAUGCCACCGAUUUUGAUGUUCGUGGUGAAAAUAUUGUCGUUGUUGGUAAUACAGAAGACAUCACUUACGAGUCUACAAUUGAACAAUAUAAGAAUGUCAUUCCAUUCUAUACUUUCGUUUCUAAAGGAGUUGUGGCUCAAUCAGGAUACUUUUCUGAUAUGUUUAUUAAGCGUGAUAUGGUUUUCAUCACUCAAAAUGAAUCUCAAUUGAGAUUUAUUGCAAAUGCCGUUUCAUUCUCGAUUGACCAAUCAACAAACAAGUUUACUGUUGGUGGUUAUGUUACUGACUUCAACCAACCAUGGUUGACAAAUGGUAGACUUGUCUUGUCUCAAGUUAAUGCUACUGAAAUUACUAAUCUUUACAAGAUGCAAGUUGCUUAUGAAAACUCUAAUCAAGUUAAGGUUCUUCGUAGAGCUGUUGUUGAUGAAACUUUUGGAAAGAAAAAUAGUGGAAAUGUUGAAAUACUAAAUGCUGCUCUCAGUAUGCACGGUCCAACAACACCUCCACCAAAAGUUGUUACUGACGACAAAUUCAGAAAUGUUGCAACUGGCUUCUGGCAAAUUGAUUGUGAACCUAUCAAUGAACAACUUGCCAUUAUUCUUACUGAUGUAUUUUAUGCAGUUUUUGCCUUGAUUGCAUUCAUUAUGGUUGUAAUCAUUUUGACUUUUUCAUCAUAUGGCAUUUAUUUGUGUAUCAGAGAUUACAAGAGAGAUUCUGAAGAAUCUCAAAGACUUAUCCACUAAUAAGAUUUUAAUUUAUAUUCA